AUGACGCUCAAGACGGACCCGCCCUCGAAGCCUGGCGCUCUAACUCCAUUUCCGGAAGGGCCCGCUCUUAUUCCCGCUCUCGUUGAUCACCGGUCGUCUCAGGACGCUGAUCGCGUCGCCGUCCGCUACCCCCUGCCGGAGACUGGCCGAUACGUUGACAUCAAAUGGGGUCAACUGGGCUCGGCGAUCGACAACGAGGCUUGGAGGCUCGCCGACAAACUCGGUGUGCGCCACAGCUCAGAGGAGACUUCUAAGGUGGUCGGCGUCCUCUCUCGCAGCGACGCUGGCUACCUAGUCACCAUCUAUGCGUUGCAGAAGCUAGGGCACAUUCCGCUACUGCUCUCGACUCGCAACUCUCACUCCGCGAUUGUCAACCUCCUCAAGGUCACAGAGGCACACGCCAUCCUCACGGACGCCACGAACCAUGAUGAAGCGAUCGCAUCCGCCCGUGACGCCGGUUUGGACGCAGUCUACGACGUUGCCAAACCGCCGGCGUCUGACCUUGUCAUCGAAAACCGCAAACAGUUCCCUUUCAAGCUGUCAUGGGACGAAGAGUGUGACCGCACUGCCAUGAUACUGCACACCAGUGGCUCGACGGGUCUGCCGAAACCGGUCUCUCUUACGCCGCGCUUCUUCCUCAAACAGUUCUACUACCCGGAGAAGUUUAUCGCGAAGUAUAAUGGACUUUCCGUUCUAGCCACUCUUCCACUCUUUCACGGGUCUGGAGUGGCGCUUACCCGCAACGCUCUGCUUUGGCUAGGAUGGACUGUCAUGUUUCCCGACCCAUCCCGCCCGGUGAAUGCCGGCUCUCUCAUCCAACUCUGUCAGACUUCGGACGCUCCCGAUAUCGUCAUUGGCGCCCCGUCGGUCAUCGAAGAGGUCGAAUCUUUACCCGGUGGCCCAGCUGUUAUGCGCGGCCGGCGCUUCUGGUUCUUCGUCGGCGCACCCGUACCUCCGCAUCUCGGUGACCACCUGGUCGAGGAGAACAUUCCGUUCUUGGCCAUGUUAGGUGCUACCGAGAUAGGGCAGAUGAACGUUCUUGAGCCAGACGGGCGAUCUCCCCAGGAUUGGAACUAUCAUGAGAUCCGUCCUGACUUGGAUAUCGUCCUGGAGCCUCGCGGCCCGAGUCCUGGAGAGGGACCAUUCGAGCUCAUCAUCUUAGCGAAAGAUGGUUGGCGACCCGGUACUGUCAACAUUCGUAUGGGUGGUCGUGAAGGCUACGCGACGUCAGACCUGUACUCGAAGCACCCGAGCCAUCCACGUCUAUUCAAGCAUGUCGGACGCGCGGACGAUGUGAUAGUUCUUUCAAAUGGGGAGAAGACGCUCUCGAGGGCCAUCGAGAUCCCCAUGGAAGAAGACUCUCAUGUCAAGAACGCGAUAGCAUUUGGUACGGGACGUCAACAGAACGGCGUACUUGUCAUGCCCACCGAGCGCUACGCUAUCGACCCUGCUGAUGAGACGGCCCUCGCGAACUUCCGUAACACGAUAUGGCCCGCCGUCGAACGCGCGAACAAGCAAAAUCCUUCGCACAGCCAAGUCUGGAAGGAGAUGAUCCUCGUCACGACGCCCGGCAAAGACCUGCCUCGCACAGACAAGGGCAGCGUGAAGCGCAAACUUGCCCUCGAGCUAUACGCACGCGAGAUCGACGAGCUUUAUCUGGCCGCAGAGACGCUUGUCUCCGAUACCCUCGCACCCUUGCCUGCCGAGCUUCGUGUGCAGGGUCUUACGCAGUUCUUCCAGCAAGUCGCCGAAGAAGCGAUGGCCCGCCCAUUGGCCCCCGAAGACGACGUCUUCUCCUGCGGCAUGGACUCGCUGAAAGCCAUCUUCGUUCGCAACACGCUCAUCUCGGCGCUGCGGCGUGAUACGCGUACCAAAGAUUUGUCCGGCAAGGUGCCUCAGAACUUCGUCUUCCUGUACACCACACCGCAGUCCAUGGCCGAAGCUGUGCAACAGCUUGUCGAGACGGGCACUCUGGCGGAUAGCGGAGAUGAGUCGCCUGAGCAACACGCGCAGAUUGUCAAUGAUGUCGUGCAGACAUGGACGUCUGAGUUCCCGCCGCGCCCUGCACAGCUUACGCCCGACUCCGGUGAAGGCGAGGUCGUCAUCUUGACAGGUUCCACCGGAUCUCUGGGCACGUUCAUCCUUCACACCCUCCUGCUGGAUUCCCGCGUACAGAAGGUUUAUGCAUUCAACCGCAAAGGCUCCUCGGCGUCGGUUGUUCGGCAGAUGCAAUCAUACCAAGAUCGCGGUUUAGAGGUCGACGUACUCCGACGCGCGGAGUCCACCCAACGCCUUGCUUUUUAUGACGUCGAUCUCGCUGCGCCGAACCUCGGACUCGAAGACCAGGUCUUUGCCAAUGUACACGCGUCUACUACAGCGAUCAUUCACAACGCAUGGGCGCUCAACUUCAACUGGACCCUCGCCACGUUCGUUCCGGUGCAUAUCACAGGCCUUCGCCGACUUGUGGACUUCGCCAUCACCUCACCCCGGGCCACGCCGCCCAGCAUCGCUUUUACGUCCUCGAUCGCCUCCGCGGGAGCUAUGACGGGCGUACCCGUUCCCGAGACUCCUCUCGAAGACCCUGCUGCGUGCCUUCCGCAGGGUUACGCGCGUUCGAAAUUCGUCGGCGAGCGAAUUCUCGCGAUCGCCGCAGAGCGCGCAGGUUUGCAGACGCUUUCAUUCCGUAUAGGCCAGAUCGCCGGCGACUCUGUACAUGGUAUCUGGAAUACCAGCGACAACGUCCCGAUACUCGUCCGCGGAUCCCAGGAGCUCGGUUUCCUCCCGUCGGACUGGCCGCCCGUCGCGGCGUGGUGCCCUGUCGACUAUGUCGCGCGUACUGUCGUCGACGCGUGCCUGGCCAACCCUGGUGUUCAGGGAGCCCGCACGUACCACAUCGCCCAGCCAAAGCCUACGCCGUGGGCUCAGCUUACGCCCGUACUGCAACGGGAGGUCAAGUCUGUCACGGGCCAGGAACUAGAGGUCGUACCGAUGCGCGAGUGGUUGGAUCGCCUCAGCGCCAGCGGGCAAUCGCCGGAUACCAACCCUGCCGUGAGGCUCUUGCAGUUCUUCGAGAACUCGCUUGCGGGUCGCGGUAUCCGGUGUCGCCUGGCGCUAGAGCGCACGCAGGAGGUCUCGCCGGCCUUGCGCGAAGUCCCGUACAUCGAUGACGAUCUACUUUGCAAGUUCAUUGGAUACUGGAAGAGUACUGGCUACCUGAGGAAGGACUGA